UUUGCUGAAUAUCAACUAUAAAUAUAAAUAAAAUGGCAAACUGUCAACUUAGAAUAGGCCUUAUGAUAUUACUAGCCAGUCAGAUUUUCUUGGGCUACAAUAGAAUGUUCAACACAGAUGAGUUCCAUAACUACAUAACCAAGACUGCAAAUCCCCAUAAGACGGAGAACUUCUUCCAUGAUUUACUUUUCAAAGGUAAAGAUAUGACCACUAAGGACUGUGAAGAGGUCUGGGCAGUAGACAUCUUCUGUGAAUUUGUAGUACCAGCUUUGUUGCUCCUGACUGGGUGGAGGAUAUGGACUUUCUUUGUAGUCGCUCACUACCUGAUCUUCCCAACGUUUGUGUACAAUACUUUUGGAGAGACUAGAGAGGAGUUUCAAGAGAUUAUGAGAAUAAUGCUUUUCCUUCAAUUCUUAGGUGUCCUCUUCUACAUCUUCAAUGUUAAAAAGAAGGCAGUUUCAAUUGUUCCUCCAAACCAUCCAUAAGACCAGCAUACUGAAAUA